UUAGGUGGGUGACCCAAAUUAAGCAUUGAUUGCGGCUGUGCUGUAGGGUCUGAGCUGUUUCCUGCAGCGCUGAACCUUUUUGGAAUUUUCAUUGUUGUUUUCUACAGAGUAUUAAAAUGCGAGUAUCUGUCAUUCAGGAUCUCAGGGAGGAUGAAAAUGGGGAUGGGGAAGAAGAAGAAAAGGUCUUCCUCAAGCCUGUUAUUGAGGACAAAAAUAUGGAACUGGCCCUAAAAUGCAGUCAAAUAAUCAGUGAUAUACACUAUAAAGAAGAGUUUAAAAAAUCUAAAGGCAAGUGCAUAUUUGUACCUGACACCCCGCAGCUAAAACACGUGAAAAGUCUCGGUGCUUUUAUUUCUGAGGUGAAGUAUAAAGGAGCUGCUAAAAAAGACCUUUCCAACUCUCUUUAUCAGCAGAUGCCAGCUACAAUUGACAGUGUAUUUGCAAAGGAAUUAAUGCAACUUCAGAGCAAGGUUCUCUAUAAGCAAAAGCAUGAUGCUGAGAAAGGAACUUCAGAUUAUGCACAUAUGAAGGAGCCUCCAGAUAUUAAGCAUGCUAUGGAAGUCAAUAAAUACCAGAGUGAUGUAUCCUAUAAGAAGGAUGUGCAAGAUACUCAUAGAUACACUGAAGUGCUGAACAGGCCAGACAUAAAGAUGGCAACUGAGAUAACAAAGAUAGUGAGCAACGCUGAGUACAAGAAAGGAAGGGGAGAGAUGAAUAAGGAGCCUACUGUACUUGGAAGACCAGAUUUUGAACAUGCUAAAGGAGUUUCCAAACUGUUAAGCCAAGUGAAAUACAAAGAGCAGUUCAGUAAGGAAAUGAAGAGCCAUCAGUACAAUCCUCUUGACAGUGUUUCCUUCAAGCAAGCACAGAUUGCAUCCACCUUGGCAAGUGAUGUGAAUUACAAGAAAGAUUUGGAAAACCUACAUGAUCCAGCUUCUGAUCUGCCAAACCUGCUAUAUUUAAACCAUGCUUUAAAUAUCAGCAAAACUCAUAGCAAUGUCAAGUACAAAGAGAAUUAUGAAAAAUCUAAAGGCAGAUCAAUGCUGGAGUUUGUGGAUACACCAAUGUAUCAAGUUUCAAAGGAAGCUCAAAAGAUGCAAAGUGAGAAAAUGUAUCGCAAAGAUUUUGAAGAAGAGAUCAAGGGAAAACCCUCAAUGGAUUUAGACAAGACCCCAGAGUUCUUGCAUAUAAAACAAGUCACUAACUUUCUGAAAGAGAAAGAGUACAGAAAAGAUUUGGAAGAAGGAAUGAAAGGAAAAGGAAUGACAGUGUUUGAAGAUACACCAGAUUUGAUUAGAGUGAAAAAUGCAGCUCAGAUACUAAAUGAGAAACAAUACAAGAAAGACCUGGAAACAGAAAUUAAAGGGAAGGGCAUGGAUGUUGGUCCAGAUACUCCUGAGAUAAGACGAGCCAAGAAAGCUUCUGAAAUUGCAAGCAUGAAAGAAUACAAGAAAGACUUGGAAAAUGAAAUUAAAGGAAAGGGAAUGGGAGUGGGCACGGAUACUCCUGAUAUACAACGAGCCAAAAAAGCUUCUGAAAUAGUAAGCCAGAAAGAAUAUAAAAAGGAUCUGGAGACUGAAAUUGUAGGAAAAGGAAUGCAAAUUGGCCCAUAUACUCCUGAAAUACAACGGGUCAAAAGGGCUUCAGAAAUAGCAAGCCAGAAAAUGUACAAAGAUGAAGCAGAGAAGAUGCUGUGUAAUUAUUCUACUGUCCCAGACACUCCAGAAAUGGAGAGGAUAAAAAGUACUCAGAAAAACAUCAGCUCAGUAUUUUAUAAGAAGGAAGUAGGAGCUGGCACAGCUGUAAAAGAGACUCCAGAGAUUGAAAGAGUAAAGAAAAAUCAACAGAAUAUUAGUUCGAUUAAAUACAAGGAAGAACUUCAUCGUGCGACAACUAUUUCUGAUCCACCUGAACUGAGGAGAGUUAAAGAAAACCAGAAGAAUAUUAGCAAUGUUCAGUACAAAGAACAGCUCUGCAAAGCUACACCUGUGAGUGUCACCCCUGAGAUGGAAAGAGUCAAGAAGAAUCAAGAGAAUGUCAGCAUGGUUCACUACAGAGAGCAGCCUGGCAAAGCUACUGCUGUGAGUGUCACUCCAGAGAUAGAGAGAGUCAAGAAGAAUCAAGACAAUAUCAGCUCGGUCAAGUACAGCAGUGAUCAGAGGCAGAUGAAAGGUAGAUGUAGUGUGCUUCUAGACACACCUGAGCUAAGGCAUGUCAAAGAAACACAAACCAACAUCUCAAUGGUAAAAUAUCAUGAAGAUUUUGAGAAGACAAAGGGUAGAGGCUUCACUCCAGUGGUAGAUGAUCCUGUAACAGAGCGUGUGCGGAAAAACACCCAAAUUGUGAGUGACGCAGCAUAUAAAGGUGUGCAUCCACAUAUUGUUGAAAUGGAUAGAAGACCUGGAAUAAUUGUUGAUCUUAAAGUUUGGCGCACAGAUCCUGGCUCCAUCUUCGACAUUGAUCCUCUGGAGGACAAUAUUCAGUCUAGGAGUCUGCAUAUGCUUUCUGAAAGAGCAAGCCGUUACAGUAAGCAAUAUGUACAUUCUACCAGUUUGGGAGAGUAUAAAUCAGAUGGUUCAGACACGAACCCUACCUUUUCUUACUGCAGUGAGGUAACAAGGCCAUCUGACGAAGGAGCCCCUGUUCUCCCUGGGGCAUAUCAGCAAAGCCAGACCCAAGGAUAUGGAUACAUGCACCAGACCAGUAUGUCAUCUAUGAGGUCCAUGCAUUCACAGCCCCAUUCAGCAAGUCUGAGAACCUACAGAGCUAUGUAUGACUACAGUGCUCAAGAUGAAGAUGAAGUUUCCUUCAGGGAUGGCGAUUAUAUCAUCAAUGUGCAACCAAUUGAUGAUGGCUGGAUGUAUGGUACUGUUCAGAGAACUGGGAAAACAGGAAUGCUUCCAGCAAAUUAUAUUGAGUUUGUUAACUGAUUUUUGUCUCUAGUCCUUUAAGCUUUAUUAUGAUUUACUCAAAAUCUGACCUUUUAGAAAAAAUCAGAAGAAUCUUUUAAGAGUACAUGUUUAUUACUUUAUCACUGCUGUAACAGUCUGCAUUCUCACUCAGAAUCCAGUUUAGAGCCCUUUAAAGUAAAGAUAAAUAAUCAACAAGAAACUUAGAGCUUUCAACACAGCAUUGAUUAUAAUAGUGCUCCCUCAAAAAGAAAAACAUAUAUGGAAGUCUGGUGCUGCCAGUCCUAUAAAGAUUUCAGUCAAUUAGUUGUAAAGGGGAAAGAAACUUUUCCCUACACCUGAAAGACAUUAUUCUCUUUAUAAUAACAACCAUAAAAUUGAUUCAAUUCUUAUGGCACUCUGAAGUCACAGGAGGUUAACACACUGAGUUUGAACACAUCUUCAAAUUAUUAGGGAAUUGUUUAAUGUUUGAACAGUUAGCAUCCUAAUAAAAAUAAAAAUGUUGAGUAGAUAAUCAUUUGAAAUAAUGACAAGUAAUAUUCUACUAAAAACAAAAAGCAAAUAAUGCUACUGCCCAACAGCCUUACAGUAAAAUGGUCUGGUUUGACAGCAAAAAUCUCUUGACUCUUGCAUACCCACAUUUAUUCCUGGAUUGCACAUUUUCUCUUAUUUCCAGUAGUGACUUCUUCUAUCAGCUUUGCUUGCAUCAGUUAGCUCCAUGCCUGGACUCGUGGUUCUUCAGUAACUUUUCCACAGAAAAUUCCUUGCAAAGACUAUCUAGAGUAUGAAACCUGUAAACUCUUCUGUUUCCUUCUAAUAAUACUUAGCAUUUAAACAGAAACUUCCGUUAAGGCAACAUACAACCAAUAAUUCAUGUUAAUUCCUUUACCUUCACCUGUACUGCUGUAAAUAUCCUGUGUGAAGGCCCCAGUGCUGUGCAGUCACACAAAGCCUGCAGUUACAUCCCUCCUCCUUACCACAGGUAACUCGCUUAAUGGCUGCUUUGCUGAUGAGCUAAUGUAUCUACCCCUGCUGCAGAAAUACUCGCACCUCCAUUGAGUUAAUGGAGGAGAGCUCUGUUUAAUUGUACUGCAUUUCAGCUCAAUGGCCUGUUGCUUCAGUUUCCUUCAGAAAUCUUGGUGGUCCAACAGUGAGUUGUACACUUGCCAAAUGAUUAAUGAUGGAGAAAUACUAUGUUUUCUUUUAUUGAUUUAAUCUUUUUCAUAACUGACACUGAAGGGAAAACUAACCAAAAGGAAGUCCAACAUACUCUAUGCCAUCGUGCUUCAGUUUAGUUGUCUGUAGAAAACAGUAAAAAUAUUUUGCUGACAAACCUUCACAUACGGUAUUUGGUAUCUGUUAACUUGUCAUCUGAAUGGAGACAUCCAGGCCUCAGUCUGUGAGGCUGAGGAGAGGAUCAGUAACUGGUGACAUGAUGGACCUGUAAGACGGAAUGUGUCAUCAGUCUUGGGUCACAGGGAAGUUGCUUUUGCAUUGGCUGGGGGCUAGGAGGAUGCUGCAUUUCCUCCUAGGGAGAAACUCUGUGAGGGAGGAGAGAAGAGUUAAAGAUUCACGUGGUGUUCAGCCAUGUGGUAGAGAAGUUAAUUUUGGAGUAGUUCUCAGAACGUUGAGCCUGCUCUGAAAUUUUUAAAGUAGGAUUAAAUACAGAGUUCAUAGGCAAUUUUGUAUUUCUGAUUUCAUAAAGUUAGCAAGCCUGCAGUAUCUAUUUUAAGACUAAAUAAGGAAGGCAGCAUAGAUUUGUUAUGUCAACAGAAAGUUGUCAAUGCAAAUACCCGCUAUCUCUACUUUUACAUGCAAUUAGGAAUUGGAAAGCUUGUGCAAUUUUUUUUUUUAGGUGUUGCUAUACAUGGGGCUGAUUCCAGCUGCCAAAUAGAGUGGAAUAACUGCACAAAAAAAAGGAAGUCUGUGACUGUGGAAUUGCCUGUAUGUUCUUAUCAUCUGACGAAUUUCAAGGCUAAUGCUGACCAGCAGUAUCUAACUUCAGAAUAAUGUGGCUUAAAACCAGGGACGUGAUAUUGUAAAUAUGCGGUCUGUAUGGAUGUAAUUUAAAACUGUUGGAAGUCUUGUAUACAGAGCUGCUGCUGCAACAGACCCUUCUGCAUUACUGGUGACUCCCAUGUUAAAUCAGCAAGCUUUUUCAAAAGGCUGAUGUAACAAGCUGAACUAGAAGCUCUGAAACAAGCAGUCUGCUUCUGUGUUGGUUUUCAUCACUAGCCGUCAACAGCAAGUAGAGGAAUCCCAUUUUACAAUGGCUGGCAAAUUUUCUGAUGAUGCCUGAGGCAAAAUUUACCAUCAAUCGCUGCUCUGCUGCUCUGUUAGCUGUGUAAUGCUGACAACCAUAAAAAGAAGUUGGCAGUUUGUUAACCAGAUAGGAAUAAAAAGAGAUAUAAGGAAUAGAUAUAUUGCAUCAAGAGGCAAUUUUUAAUGACCUUUAAAAAAGAAAGUCUCCACCUAUAAAAAUACUAGCAUUCUUCCUAAGUGAGGAGGCAGCUUGCAGUGUUGAGCACUGUACAUAUAGUGAAAAGGAAAUCAGAAAAUGAGCAUUUGAUUGUUAGUCAUUAGAGGACUAUGUUAUGUUAAACAAUGGAAAUAGAAUUUCCUCCAUUAAUUUUGAAUAUUCAUUAGCUUAGCAAAGCAGCUGAAGCAAAUUGCAAAAUAAGAAAGAUCAGGAAAACAAAACUGUUUGUGAACUGUAUUUCUCUUGAGAAUGGUAUGUCAGCAGAGUUAUUAAGAUUGUUUUAAGUUACUCAUUCAUGUAGCCAUGUUUUUAAUCUUGUAUAAGCUUCGUAGUUUGCAUUCAUAUGGAAUGGUUCCUGCUUUUUGAUAUAAAACAAACUUUAGUGUCAUUAUGCAGUUCUGUUCUAAACAAUGGAAUCAAAUCCCCAGAAUUAUCAGAGUGCAAUUAUAAAACUGUUUUUUAAGAUCUCAAAUUUGUAAGGUAGGGAAAGUGAGUCAGCAAGUAAAUUGUGCCAGCACUGGUUUUACAAGGCAUAUGUUGGAGCCUGUUACAUGCAGUGGGAUUUAGGGAUAAACAUAUGUUAUAUUCUGUCUUGUCACCUUUAAAAUAUAUAUUCUUUCUUAACACAGCAUGUUCCACUCACUGUACUUUCUUCCUGUAGACAAUAUUUUUUUUUUUUCUGGGGAAAGGGAAAGACUUUUUAAGGAGCCUAAUUUCCAAGAUUUUCUGAAGUUCAGGUUGAAAGUUCACACAUUCCCAUUUUAAGCAUUUUAGAAAUAAAGAAGAUACAGUGUGUUGUAAUUCUUGGUAGCAUACGUGUAAGUACAGAAAACAACAUAGAGCAUAUUCAUACAUAUGUACAAGAACAAAUGGGUGCCUUGCUUUUCAUUACUCUUUCUUGCCUGGCUAAUCUUCGUUUUCUAAACAAAGCUACUUAGAGAUACUGCAGUUGUAAUUUUUCAUUAUGGAACAUUAGCAUUUAAUCUUGAUGAAACAGGGUUUUCUUGAUUACAUUUGACAUACCAUAAACCACUUCAGCAGAUUGGAAUUUGACAGAGAAUCACCUCCCAUGGAUUAUAUUUUUGACAAAUGUGUCCCUACUGAGUGUUCCUCAGGGAUAUGGAAGGUCUCCAAUACUUUGGAAAGGUAAUAAUUCUGGUUUUCAUUGUACAGUGACUGCAUGUCAUCUUGUACAAUGAAAAAGAAAUGACAAAUACAGAAAUCCUUAGCAGAAAGUAUACAGGGUAUAAAAUGUUAGAUUUUAAUUAUGUUGAUUAGUACUCCAUUUAAAACACAGAAUAUGCUUUAGUUCAUAAAUGUUUAAAUAACAUACUGAAACAGACAAAAGAUGCUAUUGAAAGUAGUUCUCCAAACUGAUGUGCUGGCAAAUGCAAACUACUGGUAAGCUGUAGAAGAAUAAAUCAUUUUGCAAUGCUUUAGUGAUUUUCUCCAGCUUUAUGCCAUAGAAACCCCAUCUCUCCUUUUGAAAGAAAACCUGAAAGCUGUAUUUCCUAAACUGCCUGCACUACAACAGUAUAUUCAAAGGAAUUUCAUAUGCUUCUUGUGUCUGAUAAAUAGAAUUUGCAUAUUGUACUUAAGUUGUAAUCCAGUUGUUGUUGACAUUUGUUCAAUUAUUAUUAUUUUAGGGGGAAAAAUAAGCUAUACUGUAGCAUUUCAAUCAUGUGUAUGUAAUAUUACUAUUAGAAAUUGCUAGACCAUUGGAAGACAGCAAUGACUGUAUUGACAUUGAUUUAGCAUGAUGUGGAAACUCAGCUGUUGGUUUUUGCAGUGUGGUAUAAAAAGCAAAAAUGAACCGCUGUGCAGUUUGGCUUAUGUUUGCUUUCAAGUGUGUAAAGUUUUAGUUAUUUUGCAAAAUUGUUCUGUACUUGGGAGUAUACAGUUAUGAAGGUAUCAAUUGUUUUUCAAAGGACAGAUAUACUUACUCUUGGUUCAUAUGAUGUAUCAUCUUAAUUUGGCUUUUGUUAUGCAGAAAGUUAACACCAGCUAUUAAAAUAUAUUUUAGUAGAAAUGCUUUAAUUCCUGUUUCUUCCUCUACACUGUGAAUAUUUAAGCCUUGGUGGACUAGAGCAACAUCAUGCUGCCCAAAGUACUGACCUAUGCAAGCUAGUUCACAUUUCAGUUGAUGUCACAGUGGAUGUAACAUAACAGUUUAUUUUGCAUAACAUUAAACAUCAUUCAAAUAAAAUAUUAAACCCA